AUGGAAGCAAAUAAAUUUAUUUUUAUUAUUUUAAUAAACUUAGUCAUUAUUUUGAGUUUAGGAAUUACAAAUGGUUAUGAAGACAUUCAUGAAUCAAGAGUUGUUUGGGGAAAUGUCAAUCAAACAAGACGGUUCCAUACACAAAUAUUCCGUAACUACCCACCACCGGGGAACUUAGCAACUGGUUCAGGAUCACAUUCGUCUUCAAAUACUAUUCGAGGAAUGAGAUUAACAAGAUUAAAUAACACUGAUGGGCUAUGGACACACACAGGAGGAGGAUUGAAUCAUAAUUUUGUGAGCUUUAAUUUCAGUGGAUCUGGACUUGGAAGAGCUUAUGACUUUGAAUUAGAACUUUUUGGAACUGCUGCAUCUAAGAGUUUAUCGAUCAUUUUAGUUGCUUUGUCAAGUUUUACAAUGUUUAUUAAAUAUUUCAUGUAUUAA